AUCCAGCCUCCAGCCACGCCAAACCAUUCCACGCAUUUCUCCUUGUCGUCGCGAUGGGUGUGGUACGAACAAAAACCAUCAAGAACAAGCACGCGGGCGGCGGCCCCUCGAGCAAGUCCUCCAAGGACAUCGCCCCAAAGUCCAAGAAGCCCAAGGGCACGCCGCCGUCCAAGCAGGUCAAGGACAAGGGUCGCGAGGCGCUCCUCCGGAAGCUCAAGAACCCCAAGAAGCGCACCUACACCGAUGAGCAGCUCGGCAUUCCCACGCUCAACAAGAUCACUCCCGUGGGCGUCGUCAAGCCCAGGGGCAAGAAGAAGGGCAAGGUCUUUGUCGAUGACAGGGAGAGCAUGAGCACGAUCCUGUCCCUCGUCCAGGCGGAGAAGAACGGCCAGAUCGAGUCCAAGAUGAUCAAGGCACGACAGAUGGAGGAGAUCCGCGAGGCGCGCAAGGUUGAGCAGGCGAAGAAGGAGCAGGACAAGAAGAACAAGCUCGAAGAUGCCAAGGACGCCCUCCGAAAGAAGCGAAAGCGCAAGGGCGCCGACGAGGAGGAGAGCCUCAAGGAAUACACCUCUGCAGGCACCAAGGCCGGCAAGGCCAAGACCAAGAAGCGGGUUUCUUUCGCAUAAGGCCGCAGGAAUGAAAGGCAAUGGGGGAAAAUCUGGAGUUGUUGCAUGGCUUGGCGCUAGGAGUUUGAUGGACUGGGGUUUGGUCCCUCUGGUGGUAUUCGUUGAUUUGGUAUAAAGACCCAAGACAGCAUCUAAACCAGGCUGUUACUGCAGGCAUAUUCGGCCAAUUGAGUAAAACGGUC